GGAAAAGAUGGAAUGUGAGAUUUCAGAAAGUCAUAUGGAUUUACUAAUUUUUGAACGUAAACGUGGGACUACAGAGAAUUGUAAAAGGCCAAUAUCUGUUCCAAUUGGUAAGUAUUACGGGAUAUUGGAUGGUGAACAGAUCAUAGUAUCAGAUUUGAAAGCAGCGAAUGAUUUAAAUGCGUUCGGAUGUUAUGGUGAAUUUUUGCAACGACGUGAGCCCCGUGUAUCAAUGGAAUGUUUCAGGAGUAAUGUUCAUCAAGAACACCAACAAGAAAGAUCAGCUAAAACUUGGAAAAAAUUGUGGCCAACGGAUAACUCUCUUCGCUUGGGUACGGAGGAAGCGAUGUACCUCAGUGCGGAAGUCGGGGUCUUGCAGAUAUUUGCUAAUAAUGGGCAGGAAUGUGUACCGGAUGUUGUCUGGAAGAUAUUCUAUGACCGUUAUGGAAUUCGCUUUGUGAGACGUUAUGCAACUUAUCGGUAUUUUAGACUUCAGGGUUGGGUUGUGCGAUCUGGCCUUCAUUGUGGGGUGGAUUUCAUGCUUUAUCGUGAUGGGCCAGAAUACUAUCAUAGUAGUGCGGCGGUUCGCAUUGUUUCUAUAGGAAGUAGACGCAACGCAUCAAUCUUUAUCGCGCUUAACAGGGAAUUGAAUAGUAUAAAGAAAACACUGAUAGAAGUGACUGUGGUUGUUCCUGAAGACUGUAAUAUCCAGAGUAUCGAUUCCAUCCAUUGCAUUUCUGUUACCCAUACCACUGCUCUCACCUGGAAGACUUCUGACGAUCGGUGAUUUUCUUUCUCCUCUGAAACUUAAGUUCCCCAAGAUCACAGUUUUCCAUGCAGUCUAUCUUAAUG